AUGCUCACACCAAACGAAACAAUCUACGAAAAUGUGGAUGAUAUACCGAAUUUUUUCAUGGAUUCAGCAAUGUCGUGGGCCAUCGCCUUGAUUUUGUUAGAGUAUUUAAUGACCGACAAGAAGAACUACGCCUUGAACGGAUACAAGUCACCUCGAUUUGGUAAACAUUAUGUUGCGGCUGCAUGA